ACAGACGGGCAAGUAGAGCCAGCAUGCCGGUGGCCCGGAGCUGGGUUUGUCGCAAAACCUAUGUGACCCCGCGGAGACCCUUCGAGAAGUCCCGCCUCGACCAAGAGCUGAAGCUGAUCGGCGAGUAUGGGCUCCGGAACAAACGUGAGGUCUGGAGGGUCAAAUUUACCCUGGCCAAGAUCCGCAAGGCUGCCCGGGAGCUGCUGACGCUGGAUGAGAAAGACCCGCGGCGUCUGUUUGAAGGCAAUGCCCUGCUGCGGCGACUCGUCCGUAUCGGGGUGCUGGACGAGGGCAAGAUGAAGCUGGAUUACAUCUUGGGCCUGAAGAUUGAGGAUUUCUUGGAGAGACGCCUGCAGACCCAGGUCUUCAAGCUGGGCCUGGCCAAGUCCAUCCACCACGCCCGUGUGCUGAUCCGCCAGCGCCAUAUCAGGGUCCGCAAGCAGGUGGUGAACAUCCCGUCCUUCAUUGUCCGCCUGGACUCCCAGAAGCACAUCGACUUCUCCCUCCGUUCUCCGUACGGGGGUGGCCGCCCAGGCCGCGUGAAGAGGAAGAACGCCAAGAAGGGCCAGGGCGGGGCUGGAGCUGGCGAUGACGAGGAGGAGGAUUGAGCCCACCCAGCCAGGCCCGCCUGGGCUGAUGGAGUGUAGUUUUCCAGUCAGAUAAUAAAACAUCCACA